AUGCCACGAAUUUCUUAUGACCCCAAUGAAGAUUAUGAAUCUUAUUAUAGUAUCUGUAUUAUCUGUGGGGAAAAUGCCUCUCCCCCUGACGUUAGAAAGGAUGGUUCUAUGCGAUGGCGAGAACAAUUCAGAGCUGUGUAUCGUGGCCCAGAAGGGGAGGUCAAACUGUCAGGAAUCAGCAGGAUGAGAGAGUGCAAGCUCUGGGUUCCGAUUGAUGAAUCGGCGCGAUGGGACACAGAGGGGGCUGAUUUUAUCUACUUGACCCAUCCACCGCACGAAUUCAGUGAUUUCUAUAUAUUCCAUGAGAUCUGUUGGAACCGUUUUUGUGACCAUUUUACUGGCGAGAAGGUCGAUUUGGAGCGGCUCUACCAGGCAUUGGAGUAUAUGCCGCUACUGGGACGUUGGUCACAUCCUGGAAACUUCGGUGAUAAAUAUGAACCUUUCCGAUUCCCUACCCCAGCGCAGCUCAUGCAGAAAUCAAAGAAUUUCCCCAAGCCAAGGGAGGAAGUAUUAAAAAGGCUGGUCUACGAAAACGGCAGCCAGACGGAUUGCUUCAGCCAGUUUCCACUCGAGAUUCGAGAGGUGAUUGCAACCUUGCUACCCACCCGGGAUUUCCUCAGUCUCCGCUAUACCUCUCGCGCGAUGGGAUCUGUCUUUACCGUCGCCGCCUUUUGGAGGACAAAAUUUGACAUCAACCAGGACCGUGGCUUUCUCCAUUAUAUGCUUGAGCAGCUCCCUGCAAAGGACCAGCAGCGCAUGGAUUGGCGUCUGUUAUACCACUGUACUUCCAGACUCACCUGCAUGUGUGCCUUUGACGUGGCCGUUCAUUCAUGGGAGCGUUCCCGGUGGCUGAGGGACGCAACUGUGGCAGGGCCCCAGGAUAUGCCAUUGCACUUUGACGGAAGAGCACUGCAACACUAUCAUAAUACACGCCCUUGGUCGACGCAAACAGUCUCGAUAGACGUAUCUCGUUCUCUGGUCAAGAUCGCUAUAUCAGUUGUCAAAGAUCGCGACGUUGAGAAGCUGGACUUGCCUUCUCGUGCCAGAAUCACAGGCAUGGAAUUCGUCUUCAAAGACCGGCCAACUGUGAGCGUUGGAACCAAUACUCCCGGUGCACUCAACGUCACAAAGAGGACGCCUUCGAAAUCAAUUCCCUUGCUGCCGACUGACCGCGUUUGCAGGCGGAGCGUAGAUUAUUCCUACCCGGGGUUAAAGUACAUCACGAACGUCAAACGACUGCGAGGAUUUCAUAUUAUCGAGCAACCGCGCUCCAAGAUGUGGGCGAUACAUGUCAUCAGAGACAAUAUUUGCUGCGUUACUCCGGAGGAGGAGGGUGAUAAUCCUGACCAUCGAGCCGAUGUUCUCUAUUUGGAUGAGGUCAGCGAAGUGGUUGUUACAUUCAACGUGAGUCGCCCUCCAAAUAGUAUAUUACAAGCUGCUGAAGCGAUGAGCAAGGAUCGAAGAAUCCUCGGUUUAGGAAUUAGGGGUAAACGAUCAAAAAGAAUAACCAAAGAAUAUAUGCGAGGAACUUUCGUGAGUUACAGGGCCGAAUCUCCCUAUUCAGAUACGCUCUGGGAGGAUGGAGAGGACGAGGAUAGCAGUGACGAGGAUGGAUUCUAG